AUGGCGUCGAGCAGGAAGAUGUUUUAUUUUGUCUUGGCCUUUUUCUUCAUGUUGGCUCAAUUUCCGUCAGGGUGCCAGGCAGGACUCCAGUAUUCCCAGCCACUUUCAGCAGAGUCCUCAGGAAGGUCAAGUCAGCAGCUCUUUCUUGGUGCAGGUGAUACGUCUCCCUGUGAGCCGUGCUGGCUCGGUCGGGGCAAAUGCAGGAAGAUAUGCGCUGAGGACGAGAAGAUUGUUGGAAAUUGCAAAGUGAACUUUUUCUGUUGCCGGCGGAGGAUCCUGUAAGCCACACCAGCUCUCUUCUGGCUUCGGAAAUGGGACUGGAGGUUCAAGGAACGUGGAGAGGAGUUAUGUAGCUUAACCUAGUCACACAGUGAGUGUGAAUUCAGGAUCAUUCUCAUUUCCUUCUCCCUUUGUUUUGGUCCUUUGCUUCUUUUUGAAGAUAAUCUCUA